AUGCUUCUCAUUGCGUUGCGAUUGGAAGCUGUUUCUGACGCUGAACAGAGGGCCUUUCUGCGAGCCCAAUGCAAGGCGAUAUGUUUGCAGUACUUCGGGCACCCUGAUGAUGCUGCUAUCAAAAGGAUAAUGAAUCGGUUGGGUGUUCAGAGCGACCUGGCCUUCGACUGUUUCCAAAACCAAGAGGGCAAAUGCAGAGAUGCAUGUUUCUCCGCCUGUGACGAGCCUCCCAGCCACUGCCAAUCUACUUGCUCGAUCGGGCGCGUGGACUCUGUAGGCUGCCAUUUGGGUUGCCUUCUCCUCACUGACAUCCACAACAACCGUCCAGGCGAGUGCCCCAUCCCCGGCGUGCCGGCAAGUGGGGAGGAAGCGGGCCUCUUCCGCCUCCAUUCGCCCCUCUGUCGCAAGCUUUGCGUUGACGACGCCUCCUGUCUCCAUCCUUUGCAAAAAUGCUGCGCCUUCGGCUGCAAUCGAAAUUGCACCAUGCCAAUAUACUCAGAGGCUGUGCCGCUGCUGCCCCCACGACCAUCUCUCCAGCCAGUGCGGGAGAAACCCGGCACCAUACAGAUCUCGUGGGGCGGCACCUACGCCAACUUUAGUCGCGACCACAGGCCCCUUGUCUUUAUCCUGCAGACGCGUUUCUGCAUCUGCAAAAGCUUCAAUGUGGAACAGGCCUCUCCUUGGCAAACCUUGCUCAUGGCAGUUAAAACAGAGGCAACAGUUGACACCUUCGAGCCCGGCCAUAAGUACCAAUUUCGUCUGGCAGCAGUAAGCACACAGGGCAGCAGGGGCUUUGGGCCGGCCUCCCGGCCCUAUCCGCUCAGCCCGUCGCAACCCCAGCCGCCACGCAAUGUCACCGCCACCAAGUGGCGUAUCCACCCCAACGGGGAGGUCAGCGUGCGUCUCAGCUGGACCCAACCUGAGUCCACCGACCUUCCUCUCAUCAAUUACUCGGUUUCAUGGGCACUAGAUAGAGGCUACCCAACCCCCACCAGCGGUAAACCGCUGAAAGAUCUCAGCGCUCCUUUCAUGCAAAGUGUUCAAACCAAGGACUCUGAAAUCACGAUAAAUUCUCUUCGCCCCGGAUCCUCUUACAAAGUUCAGGUCACGGCAAACUACUUCCAUGAUGAGGGCAAUCUUCAGUCGCUUCCACACAACUUUUUCAUCUCCACGCAGUCCCUUUUACCACCUUAUCGUCAGCAGAACAUGGCUUUCGAGAACGUCAAACAUUUACCAACAGCAGCUGCUCAUGGUGGCAAUAAUGGCGAUAGUUAUGAUGGCAACUACAGCGAUGACAGUAGUACUUGCAGAUGCAGUGGCCUGACGAGGAAUGACGAACGAUUGGAGAUAAAACCACCCGAGGUAUUCAAUGGAGAUCUCACUGCUCUUGUCCAACUGAAAUCUUUUUCCCAUAUGGACACACAAAGCUAUCGUAUUGAGUGGUUCCCGCAGGUCUGUAUUGAGUCCAUUGAGAAUGCGCCUACUUUAACAUCUGCUGUUUCCUACCCUACUGCCAUCAAUGCUGCUACCGGUUCCAUACAUUCAGUGAACACUGGCAGUGAAGUUAUUACAGCUACGGUUAGGAGUCGGAUAUUUCGACUGACCAAAUUGAAGUUCAACUGUGUCUACGUGGUGCGACUCACGCCAGAGGAGGCAGCUGACGUGCGCUUACGUUUUGAGUCACUACAACAACACGAGCAGCGUCAUCUUGUCAAAGCCAACCCCUCGUCUGCGUCUUCUUUGUCAAGUGGGGCUGCGGGAGACGUGGUGGCUGGGUGUUUCUGUACUCGCUCCUGUCGCGAGACCAAAACCGCCUGGAGUACGGAGCCCAUCGAUUGCCCUGCUGCCGAACCCGAACUACCGAAGCCACCACGAGACAUCCAGGUUAAGUUGGUGAGCUACGACCGCCUGGACUACCAGGUCUCCUGGCGCCCUCCAUUGCCGACAAAAGCGUCUGCAGCAGUGUUGCCGAGUGGCACCAGCCACCCUGCCAGCGCCGCAGCCUCGUCAACCGCCUUCACUCGCUACCGCGUAAUGUUGGCGCCGCGCAAGGAGGAGCCUGUGGACGCCUCCAUGUACAACGACGAGGCUGGCUUCAGUCCCAUUCCCGAUCUCCAACACUCUGACGUCCGUGUCCUUGAUAAAAAUCAGACAUCACUAAUCCUCCCACGUCUGCGACCACGAACCUUUUACAUCGUACGAAUUCAGACCCUUGGUGGGACAGAUUUCGGGGUCGAAAGGGAGAGCCCUCCUGCUGUUCACUAUUUUUCCACCCAUGACGACGAUUUCCACAGCAGUGGACGUACAAAUGGGUUCUUUGCGGAAUUAGCCUCAGAUCGGGGUGCGUCAGGUCCAUUAGUGCUGUCCCCAUGGCUGGUUGCCGCUCGAGCGUCUUUCAACUGUGAUCUCAAAUUACCCGAAAAACUAACGGACUGCCAUAUACACACUCACACCUCUGCGCUCAAUCCACUCAUCUCAGCAGCCCUCCUGUCCACAGAGUUGCAGACUGACGGAACCACGUUUCGCAAUACCUCCACCUAA